GAAAAAAUGGCCGACUCCAACAAGCGUAAUAUCCCCAUCAAAUUGGGAGACUUCAGCGUCAUCGAUACAGAAUUCAGCAGUAUUAGGGAACGUUUCGAUUCCGAAAUGCGUAAAAUGGAAGAAGAAAUGGCCAAAUUCCGUCAUGAAUUGAUGAAUCGUGAGGCCAACUUCUUUGAAAGUACCAGUACAACAAAAAAGACAACAACGACCAGCCAAUCUACAAACUCUGCCCUCUCCUCCAGACCUAAGCAAAACUAUAUCUCCGAUAUCAGUUCUCCAUUGAUUCAGGAGGAUGGUGAUAACAAAGUAUUGAAAUUGCGCUUCGAUGUCAGUCAAUAUGCCCCCGAAGAAAUUGUUGUCAAGACUGUUGAUCAAAAAUUAUUGGUCCAUGCCAAACACGAAGAGAAAUCCGACACAAAGAGCGUCUACAGGGAAUACAAUCGUGAAUUCUUGUUGCCCAAAGGUGUUAAUCCUGAAUCGAUUCGUUCGUCUCUAAGCAAGGAUGGUGUACUCACUGUUGAUGCUCCUUUGCCGGCUCUUACUGCUGGUGAAACCAUGAUUCCCAUUACCCACAAGUAAACUCAUGGAUGGU